AAAAAAUUGAUCAACAAUACAAGGACGAAACACAAAUCAAGAUAGUCACAAUCUUACAAGACGUAGCAACAGUCAACUUUGAAAAAGGAAGUUUUAAAAUGACAAUGGGUAGGUAAACAAACGUUAUACAGUCCGUUUUUAAGUUACAUUUGAGGAUGAAAUGAAGAGGUUGGCCCGAGCCGCUAAUCCGAAAUGGAAAAUUAAAGGUGGUGAACUAUCUCGAUUCGCCGUCGCGGAAAUUCAAACAGAAAGAAAAAUGGCGACACGGGCGAAGGAUCCCACCGACGGCGUGGGAAGCGUUAACAGGACAUUUGAAACGUUUAGCGUGGACUCCAGCGUCGACGAGGACACUGGGACGGAGAACGAUGUCGACCGUCCGGUGGUGUUCAUCUGCGCCAAAUGCAAAUUGCCCGUCGGGGAUUCUAUGUCGUGGGACAGCAACCAAGACGGACAAACUCAAAUUCAGCUCAAGCGAGUCACGAACAACGUGCUGGUCGGCAAGGACACUCGUCAGCACGAAGUCAGCAAAGGUUCUUUUUGUUGCGGUUACGUGCUGGGCUCGGCGAGUCAGAAGUUGUCAGCAGAGGGCCCCAAGGAGCAGCCGGUGACUUUGGAGUACAGAGGCCAGGUUGAACGGGUGCUGACCGAGGUAAGAACAAAAGGGGGGGGGGGGCUGUAGAAAUGGACAUCUCCAGCUAUCUUUGUCGACUCCACCUGUGUCGAAAUUUCCAAUGACAUCAUCUUUGUUAAUGAGGACAUUACCUCAGCUGUGGGAAGCUCACAUAGGAGCUCAUCGCAACAAAAAAAGGGAACCCCCCCACUAAACUGUCAUCGCAUCUGUUGGUUUUUU